CUAUUCCGAGACUUCUUUGUGAAUGGCAGUUGCCCGAGCUUGAAUGAAGUGCGUCGACGUAUAGCGCAUUCGCAGUUGCAGGGUCGUCGUAACGCUAACAGUGUUCGCGCCAAGGUGAAGAGACUGCAAGCCAGUGGUCGAUGGAAGGACUUUGAAGUCCUACCAUGA